UCGAAAGAGAGAGUACGAGCGAGGCAGAAGUUCACUCAGUCUUAACGUUUCAGACGUUUCAGUUGGUUUCAGUUUCACUCCGACUCGGUCAGAAAACGUGCGCGUCUAACUCGGUGCCUCGUUGCCGAAUUCCCUCAUCGGUAACGAGACAUCAGAUUCGACAUCGCGAGCUCUAUAUAUAUUUUUCCCGAAACACAAGCAACUCAUCGCGUUUCAGUGUUUUCCUACGAGGCGGAGAAAACUUUCCCCAAGCGGGAGAAAGGAAUCGUUUGUUUUUUCAUUUCCCGCGACACUGCCGCCGGCUGAAGAGAAAGGGACCAGCAGUUUCGCAGAUAAGAGGGAAUGGGAUACGGCACGGAAAUGGAUGGCUGCGGACGUUUUAUGAAAUAUUCCCUGUUCUUCACGAACUUCAUCAUCUUCAUUGGUGGACUUAUCGUAACGGGUUUGGGCAUUUGGGCUUUGGUUGACAAAGUACCAUGGAUAGGCGAACUCGUGGGAAACGAUUUAUUAACCGGUGCAGUUUACGUUUUAUUGGUCGGCGGAAUCAUCGUGGCAUUUAUCGCCUUCUUCGGAUGCGUCGGUGCAUCGCGAGAAGUCAAAUGUAUGCUCCUGACAUACUUCAUAAUCGUAUUCGUGCUAUUUGUAACUAUGCUCAUCGGCGGCGUCCUCGGAUACAUUUUCCGCGAAAAAUUGCUGAGUACGGUCGACAGAGAGAUGAAGAGUUCACUUCGGCUUUACGAUCAUCGUAAAUCCAUUCGUGACGCCUGGGAUACCACGCAAACGACGCUCCACUGUUGCGGCGUUAACAGCUGGAGGGACUGGGGAAACUACGGCCUCAACGUGCCAGAUAGCUGCUGUCGAGAAAUUUCACCUGGCCGGCGAUUCGAGUGCAACCAUGGCUCGGACACAGUAAAUCCUUCCAAUGCUUACAUGGAGGGUUGCAUCAACGCAACACAAGUCUACAUGCAACAUCACGCGACCGUUUUAGGUGCUGCUGGCAUUGCAGUCGCAUGUCUUAUGUUCUUUGGAAUGAUAUUCUCCUGCGCACUCUUUAAAAUGAUCGAAUGACAACAGGAUAUCAAUAUAGUCUGAGGCUGUCUCAGACAUCGUAAAAGAGAACGAGAAAAGAGUGAAUCUUCGAAAUCUUCAGAGGAUUCGUGCAACCAAUCAAUAAAAUUACUUAUCGCCAUAAAUGUUGCUGAUUACUCUGAUUGUGAGUGUGAUCAAAAACAAAAAUCUUCAUCCGAUUGUACAGAUCUCGCUGAUUUGUUACACAUGCUGUUAAAUCUAUAGUGUCAAAUUUAAACUAAUUUAAUACAAAAAAAAGUCAAUUUAAAUUCGCCACUGCUCC